AUGCAGCGAGAGCAGCCGGGCAUGCCGCCUCCUCUGGGGAGAGGAGGGCAGCAGCAGCGCGGGGGUGGGCAGGAGGCGCCGGGGCGUGGGCGGGGCAAACCGAAGCCCACGAAGGAGGUGCAAUUGUGGGACGCCAUCGUGGCCGCCGCCGCCAAACAGCAGAGGCGCAGUCAGCACCAGCAGCACCACCAGCAGCACACGAGGCCAAAGCUGCUGCGACCGGGCGAGCGUCCUGCAUCCGCCCCCGCCCGCCAACAGCCCCUCAAGCCCACCACCGCCACGUCCCCGGGGGAUGCCCAACCAUCGCCACCAUCGCCACCGGCGGCAGCGGCGGCGGCGCCCGUCGCAGUGGCAUCGCCAGCUCCGCCCAAAUCCGGCAAGGCGGCCACAGCGGUCACGACCACGACGGCCACGACGGCCACGACGGCUACGACGAGGUCGAAGGGAGCGGGAGGAGCGCCGCGCAAGGCCAAGCACCACCACCAUCCGCAGCAGCAGCAGCAGCGGCAGCAGAACACGAAUUGGGCGAGCAACCAGCGGCACAUAGCAUUCCGCGGGAAGGAGCGCGAGACGCCCAAGCCGACCAAGCCCUCCAAGCUCAAGCGCGUCAUCCUGCUCGAGCGCGCCAAGGCCGACGCCCUCCUCCAGCCCCCGCCACCGCCCACGCCCGCCCAGCCCGGCACGCCCCCGCCCGGCGACGAGGCCGAGGCCGAGGGGCAGGAGCAGGAGCAGGAGGAUAUCCACGCAACGCACGAGGCGCACGGCCGAGACGAGCCGUGCUUCCCCGUGCCUGGCCUGCCAUCACAGAUCGACCACCACCACGGCGACGGCGACGAAGCCGCCGCCGGUGAAAAGACUCGAGAGGCGUAUGGAGAUGCCGGCGCUCGUGGCGGUGGUGGUGGUGGCAGCUUCACAGACACAGAGGUGGCGCCUCUCGCCCCGCCAGCUGCCGCUCCCGCGGAGAUCGACCACUACGACUACGACUCCCCGCCUCCUUCGCCGCCGCCGGGAGCAGCCGAAGUGCAGAGCAUCGACGCCACGUACUGCAAGCAGGUCAUCAGCGUGGAGCUCAACCAGGUCAUGCGGCAGCUCCUCCAGGAGCUCACCCGCUUCCAGGAGCGCGCCCGGACCAAGAACCCUGACAAGGCGCGCUCGAACAAGAAGCGGUACGUGUGCGGGCUGCGGGAGGUGCUGCGGAGCGUGGAGAGGAGGAAGGCCCGGUGCGUGGUGGUGACGCCCAACAUCGAACGCAUCUCGUCGCCUGAGGGCGGGCUGUUCGAGGCCGUGGAGGCCAUCGUGCGCACCAGCCAACAGCACCGCAUCAUCGUCAUCUUCGCCAUGACCCGCACCUCGCUCGGCAAGGCCAUCUCUAAGCGCCUCAAGAUCGCCGCCCUCGCCAUCCUCGACCCUUCCGGUGCGGAGGAGUACUACAAGCAGGCGCUGGCGCUGGCCCACAAGGGCCGACUAGACUACCGGAGGAUGCACAAGCGAAAAUCGCAGCAGCAUCAGCAGCAGCAGCAUCAGCAGCAGCAUCAGCAGCACAACAUUCCCAAGCCGCUGCCGCCACCGUCAGGGCAGCCAUCCAAGGCUGGCCAGCCACAGCCGCCGCUCGAGGAGGUGCUGCCGCAGCUCAUCCAGCAGGUCAUCAACGAGCGCCUGCGAACGGAACUGCUCAUCGACGACGCCACAUAA